AAAUUGAAAAAAUGAUAGAGGAUACGUUAGUUUUUAUCAAAUCUUUGUUAUUCAAAAUCAUUAAUUGUCAUAUAUAUUUUUGCGACAUUAGAAAAUUCCUUAAUUUUUGUUUAUGGAAAAAGUGAAGAACAUUAAUAAUUAAUUUAUGGUUAGUUUAAUAAAAGGUUAUUAUAUAUGUAGAUGAAGCAACCUAAUUCUGUAUAGAUUCUAAGAGCAUCAUUAGUGGUUAGGUACUCUCUUAGGUCUCUCAUCAUUAAUUUUGUUAUUAAUUGAUUUUAAAAACAUUAAAUGACAAAAACAAAAAUGAACUAAUGAUAGAGUGACAACAAUUAAAAAAGUCUCUCCAACUUCACCGAUCGUUUCUUCUACAUGAAUCGUCUCUCUCUCUUUUCCUUACCUUUUCUAAUAUUGUCAUUAUUGUUAUUGUCAGAAACUGUCUAACAGCCCCUCACUGCGGCUCUAAGAAUCAUUGUGGUAAUGACAGAUAACUAUCCCAAAUACUGUAAUGUUUCUCUUUUAAUAUACAAGAGAUUUCUAAAAAAAUAUAUGUUUUUUAUGGUUUAUUUUGUUCUUUCAUUUCACAAAGAAAGGACAUGGAUUAAUCUUAUGACUCAUGUUCUUCAUCUGCUUCAGGACCUGCAUCAGAAGUUUCAUCUUCUGUGAGGUUUUGGUUUGGUUGGGUUUUGUCUUCCUCAGGUGUACGCAGUGGUGGACCCACGUUAAGAAUUAUGGAAUCAUCUGACACCCCAAAUAUAUUAUAAAUAUAAUUUGGCAAGCUAAAAUUGUUAUUUGACACUAGCGUAUUUGGUUAGGAAGUUUGGUACUGAACCCAUAAACCCGGGAUCAAAGCCCCUCAGUGACCCCUUUUCUUAAUAUUUUUGUUAUUUAAAAUUUUACCUAUACUAUGACUCCACAUAAAAAAAAUUCUGGGUUCGCUCCUGAAUGUACGUCGGUGGUUAACAGCGGUUUGGAGGACAUGAUUGUAGUUACCUUUCUCGAGAAAAAGCUGACUGAAAUGGACCUUACAAUAAAGGAUGCUAUUGAGUCUGUGUAUAUAAUAGAAAAGUUGACUAAACAUAGUUGACAUCGUCUAAAUCGAUGUGUAAAAUCUACAAAUUUUAAAAGUAUGUGUAUUUAAUAGAAAACAAAAAUUAGUUUGUGUAUUAAACGGGGAUCCAAAAAUAGUUCGUGUAUUUUAUUAGCAAAUAAAAAAUAGUUUUUGUAUUUUUUUUAAAAAAAGUUCAAAAUUUAAACAUGUUUUAGUUAAAUACUAACGCCGUCAUUACUGUCGUUAAACAUAGUUUAAGUUGUCUAAAACUACGUAUAAACCUGCGAAUUUCAAAAGUUUGUGUAUUUAAUAGGUAACGAAGUAUUAAACGAAAAUCAAAAAUAGUUCAUGUAUUUUAUUAACAAAUGAAAAUUAGUGUGUGUAUUUUUAAGAAAUUUUAGUAAAGAAAAGAUGAAGGGUCAUGUUUAUAAAUAACUGACAAAAGAGUGAGAAAGUCUGAAAAAAGAGGAAAAUCCAUUCGUCACUUUCUAUUUCCUGUAACUAACUUUCCCGAGAAAAUUUUCUGUUACUCUUCGCCGCUCGCGGUUUCUCUCCGUCGGUUUGUGAAUAAACAAAUCUGAACUCUCGAUUCGUUUCUUUCUCUGCUCCGUUCUCUGGCUGACCGGUUUGUAGUUUUAUUUGAACACUCCGAUCUCGCCCUGAGUUCCACGAUCAGCUUCUUAGAACCCUAGGGUUUGAACGAGCAAUUAGGUUUCUAGGUUCCGGCGGUUCUCAUUAUCCUUGUAGUGGCUUGAGUUUUUUGUAUAGAUUUCGAGAUCGAGAGAGAGAUUGUGAUGAAUAACAACAGAGGAAGAUAUCCUCCGGGGAAUGGAACGGGACGUGGAGCUCCGCCGCAUCCUGAUUAUCAAUCGUACGGUCAACAACCGCAGAACCACCAGCAGUUUCAGCAGUGGUCAAGACGCGCUCAGCUUCCUGGAAACGCCAAUGAGGUCCAGAACACGACGUCGUCUCAGCCGCCCAACGAUCAUAAAUUCAGUGGCUCCGUUACUCUCAGUGGCGGCAAAGAUUGGAAGGCAACGUUGAAGCUCCCACCUCCUGAUACUCGUUACCAGACAGCGGAUGUGACAGCUACAAAAGGAAAUGAAUUCGAAGAUUACUUUCUGAAAAGGGAUCUUUUAAAGGGAAUAUAUGAGAAGGGUUUUGAGAAGCCAUCUCCUAUUCAAGAAGAGAGCAUUCCCAUUGCUUUGACCGGUAGUGAUAUUCUUGCUAGAGCCAAAAACGGCACAGGAAAGACUGGUGCUUUCUGCAUUCCUGUUCUUGAGAAAAUUGAUCCUAAUACCAAUGUUAUUCAAGCCAUGAUUCUAGUUCCAACGCGAGAGCUGGCUCUUCAGACUUCGCAGGUUUGCAAGGAGCUUUCCAAAUACUUGAACAUCCAGGUUAUGGUCACCACUGGCGGUACCAGUCUGAGAGAUGAUAUCAUGCGGUUACAUCAACCUGUUCAUCUGCUCGUUGGAACUCCUGGAAGAAUACUGGAUCUUACUAAAAAGGGAGUGUGUGUUCUGAAAGACUGCACGAUGCUUGUGAUGGAUGAGGCCGACAAGCUUUUGUCUGCAGAGUUCCAACCUUCUCUAGAGGAAUUGAUACAGUUUCUGCCAGAGAAUCGUCAGUUUCUGAUGUUUUCUGCUACAUUUCCUGUCACUGUGAAGGCUUUUAAGGAUCGGCAUCUGCGGAAACCAUACGUUAUCAAUCUCAUGGAUCAACUCACGCUAAUGGGUGUCACACAAUAUUACGCUUUUGUUGAAGAGAGACAGAAGGUUCACUGCCUCAACACACUUUUCUCUAAGCUGCAAAUAAACCAAUCGAUAAUCUUUUGCAACUCUGUUAAUCGCGUGGAACUGUUGGCUAAGAAAAUUACAGAGCUCGGUUAUUCGUGCUUCUACAUUCAUGCGAAGAUGGUUCAAGACCAUAGGAACAGAGUGUUCCAUGAGUUCCGCAAUGGUGCUUGCAGAAAUCUCGUUUGCACUGAUCUGUUUACUCGUGGAAUUGACAUUCAAGCUGUGAAUGUAGUGAUUAACUUUGAUUUUCCUAGGACAUCUGAGUCGUAUCUACACAGGGUGGGCCGAUCAGGACGGUUUGGACACCUUGGGCUGGCUGUGAAUUUGGUUACAUACGAGGACCGUUUCAAAAUGUAUCAGACUGAGCAAGAACUUGGCACUGAAAUCAAACCAAUUCCUUCUCAGAUUGAUCAAGCCAUCUACUGUCAAUAAACCUGUUACCGCACGAGAAAUGUUACCACCCCACGAGUCACAGUGUUGAUGAAAAUGGUGUUUCUCAAGCUAUAGUAGGAGGUGAGGGAACUGAUGCUUGGCGGUUUAUGUAAAGACGACUCGUUACAGAUAUGAACCAGUGUGGUUUGGUUUCUAAUCUUUCUCUAGACUUUGUUUCGUGGUUCUAAUGAAAUCUGUUAACGUUGCUCAUUUAUCUUUGACUUGGUAGUCAAGAAAUAAUAAAGAGAACAUAAGGCUCCUACUUUUUUCCCUGUUGGGUUUUAUACUUUUAUCUAGUGACAGCUGUACUUAUUUUUUUCCCUAGUGUUAUCCGUUGAGAAUUUAGUUUUGCAAGA